AUGGUCCUCCUUCUUACGACAGAUCGCAUCCUCGCCGCGUUCGAAGCUAUUCCAGCUUCGCGCCACGAGGAGCUAGACCUGCCUACCACGCUGGAAGCACAAGGCCCAAUAGCCCACGAGCAACUGAUCCGGCUCGCCAGAUACCUGCAAAACGACCCAGAAUGCAAAGAGCAGGCCUCUCACACCCCAACCGUCCUCAGUUCCCUCCUCCGCGGCACGAAAGUCUACGUCCCUCCGCCGCCAAAGAAGCCAGAGCCUGUACGUGGUCUAUACACAACUUCAUCCGAUCCCUCCCUUUCCUCCAAUACACAAACCACACCGAACCAGAUCCUAACAUUCUACACAAUACAGAGCGCCGAAUAUCUCGCAUCAAAAGCACGCCUCAUCGCAGCCACAGAACAAGAAUCCUACAACCGACUCUUAAACCCAAACUACCGACCAAACGCUGACCACGCGGAUCCGCACGCAUCGCCCUACACGAACGACGGCCGAGUAGAAGAAGAUACACUGACGGUCUCGCUGGUUUCUAGCGUCUUCAUCUCGGUGGUGGUGACCGGGUUCGGCGUGUACGCGGCGCUCACGAAGUUCCCGACGCCGGAGAUAGUGGCGAGCGAGGCGGUUAAGGUUCUUCUUGGUUUGUUUUCGGCGCUGAGUGUUGCCGUUGCAGAGGCGUUUUUGUACUGGACAUAUCUUGAAAAGGUGGAUCGGGCGAGGGUUAAAGAGAGGGCGGUUAAGGAGAGGAAGGUUGUUAUUGGGCCGGUUGGGGAGGAGGAUAGUGCGGAUGAGGCUGUUGAGGUUGGGACGGAGAAGGAGGAAAUUUGGGGGAAGGGGGUUAAUGGGGGUGUUAGGAGGAGGGUUAGGGAGAAGUGGGAGAAGGGGAGGGAUGGGAAGAAGGAUGUUGGGAGUCUUUGA